UCACCGUAACCGCCAGUUUUCUCUGAUCACCGCCCGCCGCCCGUAGGUGUCACUCCGGUGUCGGAUCCCCGAUCCUACCCUCGCAGCCCUUCUCCACCGGUUCCUCUUUCUCCCUUCUUCUCUUCCCCUUGUUUCUCCAUCCUUUCUUUUCUCUCUUCUCCUCUGCCUGGCCUGCGGGGGUGUUCCUCCCCUUCCGCGGCCUCGCCUGCUCCUUUCCCUUGCCCCUGCGGUGAGUCACGUGGCUGCUGGAGAGUGGGCUCUGCACAGUACCAAUCUCAAUCGCACGUAAUUGAUAUGGGCCUUGGCUUGACCACAUACAUCAGCCCAAGAAUUUCAAAAUCCCAUUUCCCUUUUGAAUGUAGCUAUGGCUACCAGAAACGGUGCGUACGAACCCUUCCUCCACAAAAAUUGAAAGCUUCAGCCUCGCCUCUCCUUUCGGCUUUUCUUUUCUUCGUCCGGCGGCUCCUCCUCCCCUCCGCCGAUCAGGUGAAGUUUUGCUUAGCUUUCUCUCCAUUUCCUGUCUCUCAAUGAAGUUUACAUGCCUUUGUAAAGGUGGUGGUUUCCAUUUCCCAGCAUGUCAUAUGCUCAAUGUAUCUGGGUUUAGGAUCUUACUUGAUUGCCCCUUGGACCUUUCAUCUCUUGCUAUUUUUGCUCCUGUUCCAGUGGCUCAUGAGGGCCAUGAGUCUUCGGAUACUGACUCGGUUAUUAGGAAAAAGCAGAAGAUGGAAAAGACUUUUGAUGCAAAUGAUUUAGUACAUGCGGAGCCUUGGUAUAAAACUGUAAAAAGUUUGCACCUAUGGGAUGCUUCCUUUAUUGACGUUGUUUUGAUCUCAAGUCCUAUGGGCAUGCUUGGCUUGCCGUAUCUUACUCGGACCAAGGACUUUUCUGCAAAGAUAUAUGUGACUGAAGCAACUGCGAGAAUAGGACAGCUUUUGAUGGAGGAUCUUGUUUCAAUGCACAUGGAAUUCAGGCAAUUUUAUGGACCAGAGGAUUCUUGUUUCCCUCAAUGGUUGAGGUGGGAAGAACUUGAAGUUCUUCAAUCUGAAAUGAAGAAAAUAGCUUUAGGAAAAGACUGUGAGGAGCUGGGAGCUUGGAUGCCUUUGUACAGUGCAGAUGAUGUGAAGGAUUGCAUGAGGAAGGUUCAAACACUAAAAUAUGCUGAAGAAGCUUGCUACAAUGGAAAUUUGAUUAUAAAAGCAUUCAGCUCUGGUUUGGAAAUAGGAACCUGCAAUUGGACAAUAAAUGGUCCAAAGAGAAAUAUAGCUUAUAUUGCGAACUCUAUUUUUGUUUCUAAACAUGCAGCAGAUUUUGAUUUCCUUGGUCUUCGAGGGAAUGAGUUGAUAAUAUAUUCCGAUUUCUCCUCCCUUGGUGCUGCAGAAAAAAUGGAGAAUGAUAAUACUUACUUUGAUACAGUUGCUUCAUUAAAUUUCAGUGAUGAUGUCAACAAUUUGGAAGAGAUGGCUGCAUCCUUGCUUAAGGAUGACGAAAGUAUGGAGGAAAUGGAGAAACUAGCUUUUAUAUGUACCUGUGCCCUUGAUUCUGUUAGAGGAGGUGGAUCAGUUCUUAUUCCUAUUGAUCGGCUUGGAAUCAUUCUGGGCCUUUUGGAGCACAUGUCAGUUUUGUUGGAGUCGUCAUCUGUAAAGGUUCCCAUAUAUGUUAUAUCUUCUGUAGCAGAAGAAUUAUUGGCAUUUACCAAUAUAAUACCAGAGUGGCUCUGCAAGCAGCGGCAACAGAAGCUUUUUUCUGGUGAACCGUUGUUUGAGCAUGCCAAGCUCAUAAAAGAGAGGAACAUUCAUGUGUUUCCUGCAGUUCAUUCACCUGAAUUAUUAACCAAUUGGCAGGAACCUUGUAUCAUAUUCUCUCCUCACUGGAGUUUGCGGCUUGGUCCAGUUGUUCAUUUGCUUCGGCAUUGGUGCUCAGAUCCGAACUCUUUACUUGUCCUUGAGAGUGGUGUUGAUGCUGACAUAGCUCUCUUGCCUUUCAAGCCAAUGGCAAUGAACGUUCUUCAGUGUUCAUUUCUGUCUGGAAUGAGGUUGCAGAAAGUUCAACCCUUACUAAAGACAUUGCAGCCAAAAUUAGUUCUGUUUCCCAAGGAUUUGAGGUGCAAGAUCCAAAUUUCAGAAGCAAACAUGCUUGUUCUCUACUCUGAAAAUGAAACAUUACGUAUACCUAGCUCAAAGAAUAGCACGGAAAUAGAGAUUGCAACAGAUUUGGCUUCCAAGUUCCACUGGAAAACAUUCAAGCAGGAAACAAUCACAAGGCUGGAGGGAGAGCUUUUCAUGGAUUAUGGCAAACAUAGGCUACUUUCUGGGUCCCAUCCAGCAGACUCCAAGCAACAAAGACCAUUAGUACACUGGGGUUCACCAGAUUUGAACGGGCUUCUGACUGAGCUGUCAAAGAUGGGUAUUAACGGAGCCAUAAAACAAGUCAGGGAUGAUGCUGAAUCUGAAAGUGCUGCAGGUAUUGUAGAAAUCCAUGAGCCUAAGAAAGCCUUGAUUGAUGUGGGAGGAACUGGUACUGUUAUCAUUUCUGCUGAUGAGAAUUUAGCCUCCCAUAUUGUCACAGCUAUAGAUAUUGUUUUGGAUGGCAUUUAAAACCGAAAUACAAGCUUUUUUCUCUUA